AUGGAAGCCAAAGCACAGACUUGGAAAGAAAGGUGCAUUCAGGAGUUUGAUCUCAGGCCUCUUCCUCUCUCGUGGAACGAAAAAGUUGUGGAACAAACGGAGGAAGCAUCGGAACGAUACUACCUGCUCCGUAAGAAAGGGUUCGCUCGCAAGGCAGAAGUGGAAGACCGAGAAGAAAGCGACCUCGACGACAGUGAUGAUGAGGGGACACUGGAGGGCCUCCUGGAGGGCCUCCUGGAGGAAUUGAGAGACAAGCUGGAAGAUAUGUCCACCAAUAUCUUUGGCGAGGACGCUCCAUGGAAAUGGCAAACAAGCCUAUCCGCAAAGGACCUGACAUGGGAUGCGUACUCUUCUAGCGAUAGGCUGAUGACGGGCACUUUCCAAGGUCUUGUUUGGUCUCCUUAUGCCAUCCCACGUGCUGUUUCUCUGGAACACUAUUAUUACCGGCGCCCUUCCAUGCGCACAAUGAGUUUCAGAGUAGAGUGGUCAUACAAGCUACUGAACUUUGAAGCUGAUGGCGUUAUGCAGCUGUUUGAGGCUGAAAGGAAAUGGACGGUGAUCUGUGCCAAUGGCUAUGACAACGAAAGAUUGCGUCUGGAUUGCAUUGUUGACCGAAACCUAACAAGGGCAACCAUCCGACUUCUCAAAAGCUUUUUGUGCGGGGCAAAGUCAAACAAGACAGACCUGUUCUUCAAGGAUGCGAUUUGCAGUGAUUUCGACUUCAUUUUACUUGUCUUUGCCUCCAUGGGAACUAUCGACUUCGAGUCGAUCAAAUGCAUUUGGAUGGGGUAUCAAUGGCCCCCGUCGAGCAGAAAUCAGGAUGAUUUGUGUAACAAAAUGAUAAAGGAGAAGGCCAUCGAGACGAAGGAGGAAUUUGAGAAUCUCGAAUGUGUUUCCUGGCUUGAGUACAGGAUCCGAAAGAUCACAAAGAAUCUUCGACCCACCGACAAGUUCUAUCACGACCCUACCAAUGAGGACGCUCCUGGUUAUGAUCCUGAGUUAGAUUUUUCGGACGAGACGAGGAAACAGCUGAUGGAUCAGGAAGAAAAGAGACUAAUUGAUCAGUUGAUGGUGUCGAGGGAGUUUUCGAGCGAAGACGAAGAAAAAGAUGCAAGAGCCAAACUUGAGGAGUAUUUUUCCACUUGUGACCAAUUGUCCCAAAAGGUGAGAUUCGCGUCCAUUCUUCGUGAUACAUUUGCGCCGGGUACCAAGAGACGUGCGGCCGAGCAAAUGUCGUCGAGCAACAAGCAUGCCAAAAGGUCUGAGGAUGUGAGCUCAAAACGCACCUGA